AUGGAGGCGCCGCGGCGGGGCAACGGCAGCUUGGGGGUCUCGCGGGGCUACUCGUGGGGGGCGUCGGCGGCGCUGGCGGGGCUGGUGGGGCUGCUGAUCGCGGCGACGGUGGUGGGCAACGUGCUGGUGGUGCUGGCCGUGCGGAGCAGCCGGGCGCUGCGGGCGCCGCAGAACCUCUUCCUGGUGUCGCUGGCGGCGGCGGACAUCCUGGUGGCGGCGCUGGUGAUGCCCUUCUCGCUGGCCAACGAGCUGGCGGGCGCCUGGGCCUUCGGGCCGGCCUGGUGCCGCCUCUACCUGGCGCUCGACGUGCUCUUCUGCAGCGCCUCCAUCGCGCACCUCUGCGCCAUCAGCCUCGACCGCUACUGGUCGGUCAGCCGCGCCGUCGAGUACACCCGCCGCCGCACGGCCCGCCGCAUCAAGGGCGUCAUCGGCGCCGUGUGGCUCCUGUCGGCGCUCAUCUCGUGCCCGCCGCUCCUCUCCCGGCCGGCCCCCGACGGGCCCCCCGGCUGCCGCCUCAACGACGAGACGUGGUACAUCCUGGCCUCCUGCGUGGGCUCCUUCUUCGCGCCCUGCCUCGUCAUGGGCCUCGUCUACGUGCGCAUCUACCGCCUGGCCAAGCGGCGCUCCCGCAGCCUCUCGCUCAAGCCGCCGCCCCAGCCCCGACGGGGGGCCUCGCGGCGGAACAGCGUGGACGCCCCGGACGCGCGCUCCGGGCGCGCCCUUGACCUCUGGGCCGCCGCCGCCUCCUCCCGGCGCGGGCGGGAGGGCAGCGUGAGCGGCGGCGGGGGCAGCAGCGUGAGCCAGGCGCGGGAGAAGCGCUUCACCUUCGUGCUGGCCGUGGUGAUGGGCGUCUUCGUGCUCUGCUGGUUCCCCUUCUUCUUCAGCUACAGCCUGUACGGGCUGUGCCGCGAGGCGUGCCAGGUGCCCGAGCCGCUCUUCAAGUUCUUCUUCUGGAUCGGCUACUGCAACAGCGCCCUCAACCCCCUCAUCUACACCGUCUUCAACCAGGACUUCCGACGGGCCUUCCAGCGCAUCCUCUGCGGCGCCCGCGCCGGCCGGGGCCAGAGGAGAAGGAGGGGGAGGAGGAGGGGGAAGCCGCAGCAGCAGGAGCGCUUCUUGCCCUGA